AUGAGUAUACUUGAGGCUUUUAGAAGUGAUAACCAAACAACAUAUUUAGACUUCAUGAUUCUUGGACUUUCUGAUCUUCCUGACCUGAAAGUUAUUCUGUUCUGCAUUCUGCUGCUUAUCUAUUUGCUGACACUGACAGGGAAUGCUAUAAUCAUACUAAUGUCAAGACUGGAUAAGCGCCUACAUAAGCCAAUGUACUUCUUCUUGAGUAAUCUUUCAUUUCUGGACAUUUGUUAUACGUCAACCACAAUGCCAAAAAUGUUGCAAGUACUCUUAAUGCAGAGGAAAUCCAUCUCAUUUGUUGGUUGUGCUGUUCAGAUGUAUUUUUUCUUAGCAUUUAUAGGUACAGAGUGUGUCCUUCUUGGGAUAAUGUCUUAUGAUCGUUUUCUAGCUAUUUGCAAUCCUUUAAGAUAUUCUGUCAUUAUGAGCAGUCGACUUUGCAUCAGUCUUGCCAGUAUCUCUUGGAUCAGUGGCCUCUUGAACUCAGCAGUCCAUACCUUUUUCACAUUCCGUCUAGAUUUCUGCGGCUCCAACAAAAUUAAUUACUUUUUUUGUGAUAUCCCUCCUCUACUCUCCCUCUCCUGUGAAGAUACGUCUGUUAAUGAAGUUUUAUUACUGUCCAUUGGCGUUUUCAUAGGCUGGACACCUUUUCUGUGCAUUAUCAUAUCAUACAUAUACAUUAUUGUAACGAUAAUAAAAAUGAAGUCUUCUGAAGGGCAGCGAAAAGCUUUCUCUACAUGUGCUUCCCAUCUUACAGUGGUGAUUUUAUACUAUGGCAGUGCAAUCUUUAACUAUGUGAGGCCAAUAUCUUCAUAUUCUUUAGGUAAGGAUAAGGUUAUCUCUGUCCUUUAUAGUGUUGUGACACCAAUGCUAAACCCACUGAUAUACACUCUGAAAAAUAAAGAGGUAAAGGUGGCCAUGCAAACGCAAUUCAUUAAUAGAAUACAUUUAGCAAACAACUAA